AUGGCAAAAGUCUGGCAUCAGACGCGUGCGCCAGCAAAACAGGCCUCCUCCGAGGAUUACUACGAUCUCGGAACCUACCAACGGCCCGUGAGCACAUCAAAUCCCGAUGCCCAAGAGUGGUUCAAUCGCGGUCUCAUUUGGGCCUACGCCUUCAACCACGAGGAGUCUGCGCAAUGCUUCGAACAAUGUGUGAUCCAUGACCCGACAUGUGCCAUGGGGUAUUGGGGUAUUGCGUUUGCGCUGGGGCCGAACUACAACAAACCGUGGAAACUAUUCGAUGGGGAAGACCUCUCGACGACCACGACACGAGCCCAUGGAGCAGUCAAAGAAGCUCAAAGGCAAGCAACCUCUGCGUCUCCAGUCGAAAAGGCUCUCAUUGAUGCGCUGCAAUAUCGAUAUCCUCAAGAGGAGCCUGUGGACGACUGUGCGAAAUGGAACGAACAAUAUGCUGCGGCAAUGGAAUCCGCAUAUAAAUCCUUUCCUGGUGAUUUUGACGUCCUUGCUCUCUAUGCCGAUGCACUGAUGAAUUUAACUCCAUGGAACCUGUGGGAAUUGCGAACUGGCAAGCCAACACCGGGCGCCCGAACCCUCGAAGUGAAGAAGGCCUUGGAUCGGGCCUUGGACAAUGACGACGCCUUGGAACACCCCGGUCUCUUGCAUUUAUAUAUCCACCUGAUGGAAAUGUCUCCAACGCCAGAGAUUGCUUUGUCAAUUGCGGACAACUUGCGGGGCCUGGUGCCUGAUGCAGGUCACCUCGAGCAUAUGCCGACACACCUGGAUGUGCUGUGCGGUGACUACCGCAGAGCAGUGGCAUCUAAUACGUCUGCCAUCCGCGCCGAUGAGAAAUUCCUCGCAAAUCAACCUCUGGGACACUUCUAUAAUUUAUACCGCGCACAUGACUAUCACUUCCGCAUGUACUCCGCCAUGCUAGGAGGCCAGUCCAAGAUUGCGAUCGAAACCGCAACCGAGCUCGCUGAGUCGCUCACCGAGGAUCUUCUUCGCGUCGAGUCCCCGCCAUUGGCAGACUGGCUUGAGGGAUUCAUUUCGACCCGUGUGCAUGCUUUGAUUCGAUUCGGCCGCUGGGAGGAAAUCAUCGCCCUCGAACUUCCUGCUGAUCAGACACUGUACUGCUCCACGACCGCGAUGACCCAUUACGCAAAGGGAGUUGCUUAUGCUGCAAUGGGCCAUGGUGACGAAGCAAAGAAAGAAAGGGACCUCUUCCAGUCAACAAGGAAGCUAGUCCCCUCUUCUCGAACCAUCUUUAAUAAUGCGUGUGUCGAUAUCCUCACCGUCGCAGAAGCAAUGCUGGAUGGCGAGAUCGCAUACCGUUGCGGGGAUUACGACAUUGCUUUCGCUCACCUCCGUACAGCAGUAGAGCGAGACGAUAAUCUUCCUUACGACGAGCCAUGGGGCUGGAUGCAACCUGCUCGACAUGCGUUGGGGGCAUUGCUGUUGGAACAGGAUCAAGUGGAGGAAGCACGGGCAGUGUAUUCAGCGGACCUUGGCAUUGACGAGUCUCUUCCACGCGCACUGAGACACCCAAAUAACGUCUGGGCUCUUCAUGGUCUUCAUGAGUGCUUGGUGAAGCUGAAAAGAACGGCCGAGGCGAGGACUAUGAAACCUCAGCUGAGGCUUGCUUUGGCCACGGCGGAUAUACCCAUCAAGUCGUCGUGUUUCUGCAGACUCACCUAG